AUUAGCAACUGUUUUGUAGUAGCCUUUUCGCGGGUGAUUUGCGUGUUUUCCUUCACGAAUUGUACCUUUAUCCUGUUAUCUUCCUAACAGCAAUACUAAAACACAUCGACACAGGUUAAGACACUGCUACUUGACAUUAAUACAGCAACUUGUCUGUUUGCUUUUUGAGCUAACCAGAGCAGAAGCCGGUGAUAUUAGCAUGCAAGGCUAACUUAACGUUAGCUUAACUUUAGGUGAUAUUUGUAGUGUCUGUGGUCUCGAAGGAUUAAAGCUAGUCAUCGAAAUGUCUCUAAGUGCCGUUCACGGAACACUGUCAAGCCUGAAGUCAUGUCAGACAGACAUCGGGACAGGAAUGGACAUAGUGACUGAUGUGGCUAUGGAUCUGGCGGAAGCUCAUGACGGAGAGGUCAACCCUGGCAUCAAAGAGAUGGAGGCCAUGAUUUUGGAGUGUGCUCAGCUGGACAGGGAGAUUAACUACUUUGUUGAUGUUGUGCAACAAGUCACAGCUGAGGUUGCUACACAGCAGCCAGAGGCAAUGUUCAGCCUGUCUGCCAAAGUGAAGGAACAGUUCACAGAGAGAAUAGCCGGACUCUCUGAUGCCGAUCUUCACCAUCACCAGAAAGUUGUGGCCUUCAAGGACAGCAUCAAGAACUCUCUCAACCAAGCCAACCAAGAGACAGCAGAGAACAUGGAGGAGCUCGAUGAGGACAUCGCUGUCACACAGAGCCAAGUCAACUUCACCUGCCCACUCACACAGGUGGAAAUGGUGAACCCAGUGAAGAAUAAGAAAUGUAACCACUACUAUGAUGAAGCAGCCAUACUGGGCCUGAUCAAAACAAGACACAGCCAGAAAAAGAAAUGCCGCUGUCCUGUGGUGGGCUGUGGGAACAUUGAUGUGAAAGAGUCAGACCUUGUUCCUGACCAGAUGCUGAGGAGAAAGAUCCAGAGCCAAAAGAGAAACAGCAACCGAACGUAGUGCUGUACAUUUUUAUUGGUAGGAUCUUUUACCAUAAAACCCAUCCCGUGCUAAUUAUUUGUAUAUUAAAAAAAGAGUUUAUAAGUGAUUCUUUUGCCUAUGUUGGCUGGACAAAAUACCAUGGCUGGUAUUUGUGAAAAAUACCAGCCAUGGUAUUUUGUCUAAUUUUUGUCCUCAGGAAUACCAUAUCCAGCUAUUCAAUAAAAUGUAAAUGUUAGGGGGGGAUGACUUUUGUAUUUUAGCUGGAGCAUUUUGUAUUCCAGUCUUGAAUGUAAAUAAAAGCUUCAAACUUU